UCCAUUUGUGGAGGCUUCUCCAGUCUAAAUGUCAGACUUUAUUUCCCUUUGAAAUGAUAUCCUCCAGAUCCAAGAUUAUAGCCGUUAUUCAACUCGGGUUCCUCAGCAUAUUGUUUAAAUAAUAUUCGCCGCCCAGGCACAAAUCAUUUGAAAAGGGGCGUGACAAUGAAGUAUGAGAAUCACGUGGCCAAAAAACAUUUUGCCGAAAGUCUCACUUCCUAAACGCAUAUGUCAGGAGGACAUUUGGCGGAACAACAUAACACCCCCCCCAAAAAAAACGCCCCAGGAGGGAUUCCCACAAUCCACUGUGGUGAAUCCUCCAUGAACAGCAAAUUCAGACAUAUAGACGGUACAUUAACCAUUCGUUUAAUAAUCAGUGUCGCACUGCACGCAUCGGUAUUAGUCGUCGCUCCCUCGGUGAAAGCGACACUUGGACGCCGCCAAACUCUAAAGGUCUCAGUAGCACGGUGCGGUUUCUCUUGAGGGAAGUUGCCGGAAACUCCUUUGAUGUAAAAGAACUGGUAAUUGUUGCCACCCAGGAACAAAGCACAAGACAAUGGGCACGUGUUGACAUAAUGUUAAUCACGUGGCCAAAGGGAUAGUUCUCUGUCAGGACGCCAGAAAACAGUUCGCCAAAACGUCUGUCUGCCUGAACGCAACAUCUAGAGAGGACAUGCUGCUGAAUUCGCAAUCAGACUGCAUUGGUGGCGAGUGUGUGGUCAGAGACGGAGACUGUUUGAUGAUUGUCCUUGUUUUCCUAUCCAUAAAAACCCCUUCGAAGGAAAGAGCAUUAUCUCAUUCAAAAGUGCAGGUCCUUUCAAGUGAAGAAAGAAACAAUGUGCCCCUGGAUGGAUUAACUGACCCCCCCCCGACACUGCACUGGGGUGUAUCCUUCUCUAAUUAGCAAAUACAGCGAGAUAUAGCGGGUAAUUUAUUUAAAAGUUGUUCAACUUGUGCACACGUGAAGGAUUUUAUUGAAAGGUGACUACUGACCAGUCUGUGUUAACUGUCGUUGAGGAGAAACUUUGGGACAAAAACGUCGGAAUCAUGCAAGUCCAGCAUAUAGUUCUGCAAAAUUUCAGAUUAAGGAAAACAUCCCACUGAAACGCCCCCCCCCUUGAGCAGACUGGAUACGGCGCUCAUAUUGCACGCACCAUCCCUUUACAGUGGUUGCUCCUUCCCUGAAAAAGUGACACUCUGACGCAGCCAGACCGGUUUCGUGGUAUGUUGCACGAUGCGUUUCUUUCGAGGAAAGUCGCGGAAAACUUCUUUGAUUUAAAGCGGAGUGACCAAGGCAGUGAUUAAACAUGUUCCUGUGUGUCCUUUACAGUGUGCUAAUGGUUCAGAGCUUUGUGCUCCAGGCAAAACCACAAUCCACGUAUCAGUGCAGCAACAUCUCUCUGGUAGACCUUAAUGAGACCGUGCCAGUCUCUACUUUGGCGGGGAAUGGCACAGCGUUUAUCAAUGGUGGAACAUCCACGGACUCGUAUUUCUGCUGGAAUAUAACAACUCAUGAUUGGUGGCAAAUUCAAGCAACAUGCCAAUACAGGCAAACAGUCUCUGACUCCAUGCUGCACCUCUAUCUAAGCGAUAAGCCCAACUUGCCCCAUCGGUUGUGGUCGUUCUUUGGUAACUACAUCAGGUGGAAUCCUGUCGAGAUCUAUUCUUCGGGAAUCCUUCUGAUGUUCGCCAGAAUAUCCAACCAAGGAACGUUUAUGACCUGUGAGAUUCGACCAGUAACAGACAAAAAUGCGGAGCGACUCUGUGGCCCCCAAAAUAUCAGCCUAACUGACCAGCGCCUUAUUAGCGUCUCCAUUCCUGGUAACCACUUGAGCGUGCAGUGUUUGUGGUUGAUUACCAGCCCAUCUGAGGCAAUCGUUUUCGUGGAUGUGUUGAACGUAAACCUUCAUUAUAAUCAACGAUUUGUCUUCGGGCAAGGUCACAAUAGUGCCAAUGAAUCAACUGUAUUUGGAGAGAUAAACAACAGUAAUGAAAUGUUCCAGACAGGCUCUUCACUUUUCUCUAUCGGGGCCUACCUUUGGAUUACAUUCACUUCUUCUCUCCACAAUGACGAGAACAACCCGCCGACACAGCAGCUCCUUUUGCGGAUAGAGAACUACACUGGUACAGUUCGAUGCAAGUCGGGCCAGUUCUUGUGCCAAGAGGAUUCCAAGUGCAUCCCACUCCAAGCAUUCUGUGACGGGGAAUUUCACUGCUCAAAUCACAUAGACGAGGCCGGCAGCUGUGACCGUUGCGGUAAAUCAGACAUCGAUGUACAAUUUGGUGAAGUACUCACCAUCAGCAGCGAGUUUGAGUUCAAUCCAGCACCUGGCGGUCCGUACAUGACCGGCUACUUUGCGAUAUACACCGGGGAUUCGGGAUCCCGGCCCAAUACCACUUUGUCUGAUAAUGUCAUUGUGAGCAGCUACACAGAGGGCGUGUCAAGGCUGAGUUGUGUUUGGCGGCUCACGGAACCAGAGGGAACCCGGAUCCACAUCACAGUGGCAGAAUGUUCUGGUGACAUGAGGAUUAGAAAUGGACGUGAUACAACUUCUACCCUGACACGAGUCAUCAAUUCAAUCUCGAAACCCCAAUUACCAAUGGAUAUUUUAUCCAUUGAUUCUGGGGUGUGGAUUACAUGGGAAAUAGAGCCGUGGGAUGAUUGGCACUGGCAUUACUCGUGGGAUCAUUGGGAUUACUGGGAUUACUCUGAUUAUUCAGAAUACCCGGUUUACUUGGAAUAUGAACACAAAAUCAAACUGAAGCUUUUAUUCACAGCAUACAAUAUCAGGGAGUGUGAGGAGGGUCAGUUUUCUUGUCCAUCUGGUUUGGACUGCCUUGAUGACACCUCCAAGGUUUGUGACGGACGCAAGGAGUGCACUGCAUACGGGGAUGAAAUAAAUUGCGGUGUGUGUGGCCAGCAUGAAUUCAGAUGCGGAAUGACCGACUCCUGUGUGCCGAGACACCAGAUUUGCGACAGAAAGGCAGAUUGCAGAGACUAUUCGGACGAAAUGAUGUGUGGAUUCUGUGGGAACGAAACUGUCCAUCUUAGUACAAACAAUUACGUAUUACGUCAUGAUGAUCACAACACACCCUGCAUGUGGGUUAUUACUGCCGAGCCAGGCUGGCGAAUUGAAGCCAGAAUUCAACAGUUAGACAAGGCAUUCGCAGUUACCAUCGGGACAAGUUACGAUACCACUAGCCCUGUCAACCAGAAGGUCUUACGAGAAGUGAUAGUAAAGAGCUAUUAUGCCUACCCAAGAUUUAUCACAACGAACAACUCUAUAAUGUGGAUCAAAGCAAUACACCAUCGCUACCACAGGCCUGCUGAUGAGCUACAGAUAGAUUUUCAUCAGUAUAGAAACGUUGAAUGCUCCCAAGGUGAACACACAUGCGCCUCAGGCCUUCAAUGCAUCCCAGAAGAAGCACGCUGUGAUGGGACUGCUGAGUGCCCAGAAUUUGGGGACGAAAUCAAUUGUGGAAACUGCUCAAAACAUGAGUUCCCUUGCCGCUUGGGCUACGGAUGCGUCUCACUUCAUCGUGUCUGUGACGGCAGGAACGAUUGCCCAGACCUGUCAGACGAGAUGGGAUGUGGACCUUGCGACGGAUCCUUUUAUAACUUAUCUGGCGGUGAGUUGAAGAUACUGACUUCACCUGGUUGGCCACUGAGAAAUUACCCUCCAUAUACACAGUGCCUAUGGUUAUUGGUGGCUGAAGCAGGAUACCGAAUCGUGCUGUAUUUUGAGGAAUUUUUCCUGGAGAAAUCAUUUGACUUUCUCUAUUGUGGUAACGGUGACAGCUUCAAUAACGCCUUUCUACGAUUAUCAGGGAAUCGGUUUCCAAUCAUGGUUGCAUCAACAAACAAUACAAUGUUUGUUAGGUUUACCUCCGACUUCAUCAUUCAAGAAAGAGGAUUUCAACUAAAAGUUCAGCAGAAGCUCUCAGAAACAGUUUGGUGUGGGAAAGGUGAAAUUCCCUGCAAAACACAAAAUCUGAUUUGUAUUAGGAACAGCUCCAAGCAAGACAUUAUACAAAUCUGUCGCGAUAAAAUCGAGGGGUGCGGUGGCGUGAUUGACUUCUCGGGAAACAGCACAGAUCUCCGUUCUCCUGGCUACCCACAAGCCUACCCCCCAGACGUCGCCUGCCAUUGGGAAAUCAAAUCUACAGAAAGAUUUCUGAUAUCAAUAGUCAGCUUUGCAACUGAAACCUCUCGGGACAUCCUGCGAUUUGAAGGCACCACGCCCCAGGACGGAAAACCCGUUUUUUUCAAAAUGGACGGGAGCACCAAAUUCAGAACCAUAGAGUUCUGUUCGCUAGUGCGCAUUAACUUUACCACCGAUUCAACUGUCGAAGAUACGGGUUUCCUGCUACGACUGUUACCCACAAACAAUGACACAUCCUGCAUCGAUGAACCACACGAUGACUGUGGCCCAUGUAUGUGUCCUGACGCAAGAUAUGAGUUCCAAGACAGCCAGUCGAACCAAACAGACGAUCAAGAAUGUCAAGACACACCCUGCCUCGACCCUUCACACUUUGACUGUGGUGAUGGCUCGUGUGUGUCUCCGAACGCAACAUGUGAUGAGUUCCAAGAUUGCCAGAUGAAUGAAUUAGACGAACAGGAAUGUCAAGACACACCCUGCCUCGACCCUUCACACUUUGACUGUGGUGAUGGCUCGUGUGUGUCUCCAGACGCAAGAUGUGAUGGGUUCCAAGAUUGCCAGACGAAUGAAUUAGACGAACAGGAAUGUCAAAACAUUUCUUGUUCGGAGUCCUACCAUUGUCAGAACUCUUCCAAGUGUGUCCAUUGGCCACUGGUCUGUGAUGGUAAGCCUGAUUGUCCAAUGGAAGACGACGAGGCAGACCAUCAAUGUGGUCUGCGCUGCCCAGGUGGUUGCAAGUGUGACAUAGACGAAGGUAGUAUUGAAGUCGAGUGCAAGCAUGGUUGGAAUGAGUCCACCUUGGCGAACGUGGUCAAAAGAACAAAAGAACUAAAGAUUUCCGAAGGAAAUGGCAGUUUGUUAGCUAUGGGAGUCUUCAAAGAAUUUACAUAUUUGAAGUUACUGCGGCUAAACAAGAAUAAUAUAUAUUAUAUCAAGCCUGGGACAUUUCUUGGCCUGACGAGCUUGACUUCCUUAGAUAUUUCGAACAACAGUAUAACGAGCAUUGAUGCUAACUCCUUUUUGGAACUGCAUAGCCUGGAGGUCUUGAUUGCCAUGGAUAUUUCCCUUCAAACUAUCGAAGAGAAGGCUUUUGAUGGACUGAAAAUGCUUCAAUUGUUGGUUUUGAUAAGACGUAGUUUAUCCAGCCAGUCCGCUGUUGAUGUCAAAGAUGGCGCACUGACAGACUUAGUGCGCUUGGAAAAACUCUAUGUGGACGAUCAUCGUCUGUGUUGUGAGUUCAAGUCAUCGAUUGGCCUUGACGUAUCAAACUGCUUCACCACUGAACGGCAGCCUCCCCUGAAUCUCUGCGGAAGCCUGAUGCGUAACAACUUCCUACGUGUCUCUAUGUGGAUUCUUGGUCUGAGUGCCCUUGUCGGCAACGCAGCGGUCAUCAUUCGGAGGUGUUGCCAGGGCAAGGAAAAAGGCGGGAAAAGGACACACUCCUUUUUUGUGCUCAAUCUUGCGGUUUCAGACUUUAUGAUGGGCGUGUAUAUGUUAAUGAUAGCUGGAGCCGACGUUUACUUUGGCAAUAAGUACUCACGCGAGGCCCGCGAGUGGAGAUCGAGCCCGAUCUGCAAGAUAGCGGGGGUGAUCUCGGUCCUUUCAAGUGAGGCUUCAGUGUUCUUCGUUACCCUCAUUAGCCUCGACAGCUUCUACUCAAUCGUAUUUCCUUUCAGUCGGACCCGACUUGGGGAAAAAUCGGCUGCAAUCACUGUCGCCAGUCUGUGGCUUUUAGCUUUGAGUCUCAGUGUCGUCCCCACUGUCCUUGUUAGCUCUGACUCCAGAGUGUACGGCCUAUCUGAUGUAUGCAUUGGUCUGCCUUUGCUCACCAAGCCAACAAGCUACGACUUAGCAGAGAACAAAAUCGACAUGCGAGCAGAUCUCGACCCAAUUAAGGUCCCUGUGGGUAGAGGGAAGGAACCAGCCUGGAUCUAUUCCAUCAUCCUCUUUCUUGGUGUCAACCUUCUGUGUUUCCUGGUGGUCCUGUACUGCUAUAUCGCGAUCUUCGUUAAGGUCAAGCGCACUGCCUCCAGAGUCAGGCGGAUGACUCACCGCGACCAGGAGAUCAAAACAGCUGUCAAGAUGGCGCUGAUAGUAGGCACGGACUUUGCUUGCUGGAUGCCGGUGAUCAUCAUGGGAAUCCUGUCCCAGACCGGAGUGGUGGAUAUCAGUCUGGAUAUGUACGCAUGGACUGUCGUCUUCAUCCUACCCAUCAACUCGUCCCUCAAUCCAUACAUGUACACGUUCUACACCACCUUGGCUAGUCGGCGCAACAAUCAAGGGGCUCGUUUCUCAACUGAAAUGAAGACCAAAUCCUUGGAAACAGUUCAUUCCAUGAUACUGGGCAAAUAGUCGUAGUAGAAUUUACAUGUGUAAUUUUUAAGGAGCAUUCAGAUUAUUCGUAAACAUGGAUGUAUAGUCAAUAACGGGACUUUUAACUUGGUUCCAAGUUAAAAUGGCAGCUGCCAAUUUAUAGUUGAAGUUACAGGCUAUAAACAGAUUAAGUUAUUUGGGUGUUUUACCACUUUGUGAGCCAGGUAAAUACAUUCACAGACUGAAACUAUAUACGCAGACAGUUGAGCCAUUGAAAGUAUGCCCUAGGUGCGUAUUGGUAGAAGCUUCGGCACUUUUAGAUAAAAAGUAGUCAAUUGAAUUUCAUGGGUGCUGCUCGUCGCCGUAAAUAUUAGCUGUCAAAGAUGCCAGAAAGCACAAUAUAACUCAUUCAGUGCACAAAGAUUUACAAUACUUGUAUUUGUAGUAGUAAAGCUCAACAUAUUUGAGUAAUAUCGGUAGGUCUGCGUUAGGGUAAUGUAGUCUCGUUUUGAAAAGUGGAUUCAUUGUGUUAUUGUUAUAACAUACUGUUUCCUGUUUCACCAUAUUUUUUAGUAGAAAUGCUGACAUAAAUUGCUGUAUAAGUAGGGUAAAAACCCAUUAAAACAAAUGUUCCCUACUUCUUUAUCUAUGAAAGAUGUGUUUAAGCGCUUAGCGUUUCGACCUUGGUUUGUAAAUAAAAGCAACACUGACUGAAAGAUUUCGCCGAUUGGCAAUUUGAUAAACGUGAUUUCAGGUAGUAUAUUCAAAGAUUAAAAGGCCAUCUCGAUUUUGGAAUAUUUAGUAGUCUGUAAAAUAUUAGUAUAUCCAGUACAUGCACUAGCAAUGACAAUAUCUACGAUUUAUUAUUGUAAAGAAUGUCUAAUAAUACAGCAAGUGAUAGUACAGAUAGUACAGACAGUUUGGGGUUUACUACCGGUAAUUGGCCAUGUGAUCACAAAGAAUCCAACUUUCACCAUUCGUGUUCAUUUGUAUUCCAAAUACGAAUAAUCGAAUCGAACUGAGGCUGCUUAGGUGGAAGGCGAGGAAAGAAACACCAUUUCAAUUUUUGAGUUACACUAGGUGCUGUUGUGGUGUCAUCUAAGUAGGGCCAUGGUCAAUUUGCGUUUCGUUUUUCUUUGAAAUUAAAAUUGUUAAUUGUUAACCAAAAAUAUACUUAGUAGGAACUUUCUUGAGGAAAUUUUGCUAGUUGGAUUGUUGCCGUGAGGAACACAACAAUGAAUCGCCAACGAAAAGGAAAUUUAAGAAAGGAAACCAUCCGAAGUUCCAGCAGGAUGCAACGUUGAAGUUUUCUUUCUGAAUGACAUCACAGCUUUGCUCACCAAAAAAAAGCUUUUACACGUGAAAGUGCGCAAUGAAAGCACAAAAUACCUUUUGAAAGAGCAAAGAAAAAUAAUUUUUUUGACAUAUAAAGUAGUUUUUACAAGGUUGUUUUAAAAAAGUUGACUUGAAUAGACCAGGUUGUUCCUGUUUCUUGUUCUUUAUAAAUAAAUUCCUCCUGAAAUUGAAACAGUCAUUUACGAGUUCAUAAA